AUGCUCUCCUCCGAUCUGGACUCAACAGAAGAUACCGAGGCCAGCGCUCUUAAUCAUGCCGAGGAAGAGGCGCAGGAGGCGGACUCUCCAGUUGAGAGUGAUGUGGUGACCCCGUUUCUCACCGUGCUUCUGAACUUCUCUCCACAGCAGCGUCCAGUCAAGCAGUCUUUGGGUGCCUGCGUGUGCCGGCAAACUCAUUGGCGCUGCCUGCUGCUCUCCUUGCUCAUGUACAGCUGCCUGGGUGCGGUCAGCUGGUGUCAAGUCAGCCGUGUCACCAAGAUCAGCUUCAAUUCAGCCCUGGCUUCCACUUUCACGGCUUCCUUCGCCACGUCCCUACAGAGGGGAUCCCAUCCUGGAGGUCUCUCCAUGAUCUACCACGAUAGCCCUUGCUCGGACGGCUACGUCUACAUCCCCUUGGCCUUCCUCUUCAUGCUCUACGUGUUGUACAUGGUGGAGUGUUGGCAUUGCCGAGCCCGCAGCGAGCGGCAGUGUAAAGCCGACGUGGACAGCGUGUACGAACGUGUGGCGCGGAUGCGGCAAGCUCAGCCGUGCAUAUGGUGGAAGGCCAUCAGCUAUCAUUUUGUACGCCGGACACGCCAAGUCACCCGUUACCGUAACGGAGACGCCUACACCACCACGCAAGUGUACAACGAGAGGGUCAAUACCCACGUGGCUGAGAGCGAAUUCGACUACGGCCGCUGCGGGAUGAAAGACGUGUCGCGGGACCUCGGAGGGUUGGAUGAACAUCCGGCGACUCGCCUGCAGUUCACUAAAUGUUUCAGCUUCACCGAGGUCGGCCCGGAAAAUGAUUACCUCAACCAGCGGGCCAGGUUCUUCUCGGAAGUGGAAGGUUUGGAUGAUUACAUGGAGGCCAGGGAGGGGAUGCAGCUGAAGAAUGUGGACUUCAGGGAUAACUUGAUCGCCUACGUACACCCGGAUAAAAUGCCCUGGUACAGUUCCCAGGUGGCCUUCUGGUUGGCUGCUUUCUUCAUGCUCUCCUGGCCCCUGAGGGUGCUGAUAGAGUAUCGCACGGCAUACGUGCAUUACCGCAUUGAGAAACUGUUUGGGGUAGACUACACGUGCAGCAGCGACUCACCUCUGGAUGAAGAUCGGAAUGUCAGUUGCGUCAUUCCCAGAGUUGAUACGCUGGACAGCACCGAGUUGGAGUGGCACAUCCGCUGCAACCGCCAGGUGGUCCCCAGCUACUCCGAGGCCAUGCUGAUCAACAUGAGCUCCAAUUCCGACUGCACCGCAUCCUCCAACUGCUACCUCCUGGACACCAGCCCCACCACCCAGAGCUAUGGAGCCCUCCAGGGUCAGACGGGGCGGGAAGGCAGGCGCGGGAGAACCAGGAGGAGGACCGUCACCAGCUCCAGCUGCUCUUCUCUCUUCUCCCAUCAGGGAGCACGUUUCCGAUCACGCUUAUCUUCAGCCACUUCCCGCUUCUCGCUGUGUCGCAUGUACGGGUCACGUCGCACGGUGGCGCUAUGGAGGAGCCGCAGCAGCAACAUGACGGACCCCUGCUGCAUGGAUGAGCAGAGCCGCUCGGACUCCAGCCAGCUGGCCCUCAGCGAUAGUCCGCCCAAUUACAGCGAUGCCAGGUUCUUUCCUGUGCUGAUCGUGCACGGACCUGACGGGUGCGGGAGCGAUGACGGCAGAGGAGGGCCCCAGCAUUGUUACAUUCGAAGGGACUCAUCAUGCGUGGAGACAUCCCUGUAA